GCAAUCUCCCCCCUCUCUCUCUCUCUCUCUCUCUCUCUCUCUCUCUCUCGUGUUUGUGUGUGCAACUAAAGCACACAUCGCCUCCAACUUUCCGUGUGCAUGCAGACGACGUUUGAGAGCGGGGUAAACGGAGCUGGACUUCAGGAGGGGCUGCAUUAAAGAUGACGGCUCGGGGGUCGCUGAUAGUAGUCAUGUGUUCAUGAGAAAUUCGUGGGUAGGAUGUGAGACUCAUCAGAUUUCUGUGCAUGCACUCAGCAGAGAGUCUCUCCACUCGGCGUGCAGGCAGCGGGCGCGUUUCUAUUUUUAGAAACAAUGUUGCGGUAGAGGAAUCAAUCAAACUGGGGCUAAAACAGUGUUUUCAUGACAAUCUGCUGCAACCCUCUGAGAUUCCUAUCUGAGCUCACCGGGCCAUGCGACAGGAUGCUGCUUCUGUAUCCAUCGUCUCUCAGCUGAUACCAAAUGAUGCCUUUCCCUCUGUUGCUCUCCAGGAAAGCACACCGGCGGACUGCAAACUUUUGCACCAUGGAAUCCACUACUCUUUCUGGCACCAGUGGCUGCAGCGCUUUUGGGACCCGGUGUAGUUUAUUCUCUUCUUAUACUCUUAGAAUUUCUAAAGAUAAUCGCAGUUUGGGAUGUGAAUGAGAAUUAUUGGAUGCAAGAGCAAGGAGCCUGAGUUAUCUGGAGGGAGGCGUUUUCUGAUCUUCUUUCACUUUGCAUAUUUUUUUUUUUUUUGCUGGCUCUUAUGGGAAUUAAGCACUCGUCCCGCUGCAUGCUCCUCAGGAGAAAAAUGGCGGAGUCUGAGAGCAGUGAGGUAAGUGUGAGAGACACCUUUUAUUUGUCAGAUUAAUGUGAGGGUGCACAGAUUUCCGGACGCUGUCCUGAGUGCUGAAUGCGUCCUGCAACAUGCGUCCUACUUGUAGAAGAAGAAGUUGCAUGUCGGACUAAAUGCAGGACUGUCCGGAUGGAGGAGGCAGCAGUGUGAGUGAGAGGAUCCCUCUGUGAGAGCAGACGAAAAAACAGGCGUUUUAUGCAGAGCAGGCGUAAGGCAAGUGAAGACCUCUGACGGCGAUUAAAUAAUCGUCCAACACUUUACUGCUGGUGUCAUUUUUAACCAUGUAGGUUGGGUUGUUCUGCAGGGGUUUCAUUGCAAGAAACUGCAUGAUUACUCUCAUUCUACUCCCAGGCAGAGCAGAGAGGAUGUUACAUCGAGCAUCUGUCCUCUUUCUCUGAGCUGACACCGCCAACAUUUGAAAGCCACCUGCUCUUAGCUGGAGGUCCUUCAGACAGUGUCCUCAAAAAUUCUAUGUGUGUUUUAAUCUCGUUACCGAAAUGAGCAGGUCAGAGAAGGAAUAUGCUGCAAAUAGUGGGAGCUGCUGCUCCCCGCUGCGCUGUCCAAGGUGCUGCAGCACCGCGCAGAUUCCCGCUGGCUCCUGAUGUGAGGAGCAGGAAUGAAGAUGAGCAGAGGGAGGGAGGUGCCAGCAGCUCACUGUGGCUCCUGAGUCCCGAGGGUGUUGAAAAUGAGUUUCUGUCCACCUCUGCAGACCCUCCUUUCAAAAAAAAAAAAAAAUGAACACUGUCAUCAGUGUGAUCUGCAAUCCAGUAAAACCUGUGCAAACAUCCAUGAACUUAAACGUCUUAUUGAGCAGCAUAUGCAGAUCGACACAGCAUGAGCCCUGUGUUUCAUAGAGUCCUCUGUGCAACAUCUGUAUUCACAGAGUGACUACACGCUGAAACAGCUCUGCUGAUUCACCUGCUUUAAAGAUUCAGACUCCCUGUGGAGUCUGAGACAAGCAGCAUGUUGCUUCAUUAAACAUUAGUCAUCAAAUAAAAGUUUUCUCAAAGCAAAUUCAUCCGGGGGAGAAGCCCUCAGAAUUUUACUGCUCCAUUCAUGUCUGAGGCCAGGAGGCACCUGGUGCAUUGUAAUGAGUGGACACUGCCUGGAUGAAUAAAGAGAUGGAGGGAUGAAUAUCUGACUUCCACUGCUCUCUGCUCCUUUGAAACAUUUGUGCUCUCUUGGGCACCUAAGUGCUGUAAUGGCAGAAGACCAAAUGCUCUUUACUGACUGUAGGAAGACUUUUCCAUGAAGGGAUUAAAGAGGAACCUCUCUAUAGCUGGCCAUUAGAGUCUUUAAGCCAUCUAUAGGUACUUCUCCCUGGACAUCUGUUAAAAAAAACUCACAGAGUCUCCUCUAAUCUACCUCCUGACCCGCCCCUCUGAUUUCAGGAGUAAGAGUAGACUAAUGGGGGUCACCUUCAGCAGUCAAACAGGUGCAAAGUGACACUGUGUCCUUUUCUACGAAACACAAGCACCGAUUUCAUGUCCUUCUCAAAUGGCAAGCUUCACCUUUACUUAGAGGCGAGGAUCCAAACAGAAAUAGAUCCACAAAUUUGAUAAUAUGUCUGGAGUGUUAGAGUCAAGGACGGGCGCCACUCUCUAAGCCCGUCAGUCAGAUUCAGUGCAGCUGCUCUCCUCUAACCAAACUCUGUCUUUAUAAAUACAAACCAUGAAUCACAGCCUGGAGUGGUUCAAUUUAUCUGCAAUAAACCUAUAAGAAGGUCCAAAUAGAUUUGCUAUUGAGCCCUGAAUCACUUCAUCGAUCCAGUGACACUGUCUUUGGUGUUGGCUGCUUUUAAAAUACUCCCUUCUUGCUUCACUGUCAAUGUUUUACACAGAGGGGAGCACAACAGAUGAUGUUUCCCUGGACUGACUUCAUAUUAAAAAAGUGAUAAUAUUGAUGAUAGUAACACCUCAAUAAAAGCUCAACUUUAAAGCUUUCUUGAUGAUCCAAAUAAUUGGUGGGCUGUGAAAAUAUUCAUAAAAGAAAUAGGUUAAUACAAAGGGAUAGAGCGUCCUCCACAGAUGAAAGCUUAACAAAGAUCAAAAGUUGUUUCUUUUUUAAUUAUGAGCUCCGAUCACGGAGUAAACCUGGAUGCAGUCUCAGUGAUAUCAACCUUUUAGUGAGGUAUUUUGAAGCCACAGACAGUCUCAGUCUGAGUGAUGUCUUCAUUCUUGUCUGAAGCAGAGUUUUAAAGUCAUCAGUGGAGCGCUGAUUUAUCAGAGAUGGAGUUUAGACGACUGGGCUUUGGUCUCUUUGCUAAGAGCCAAUGUGCCCAACCAAACAAUGACAUAACUUAGGUGACAAACCAGUUCAUGUUUGCUUUGUGCUGAAGAGUGGAUUUUGGUCCUUUUCUUGUGACACAAUCUACGAUAUAGCUGCAGCAACAGGACACACUUGGUAUUUCAAGGGUCUUGAGAUGACUGAAGUCAUGGUUUAGAGUUAACAGAAGCAUGUUAACAUGUCAAGAGCUCAUAACUGAGUCUGGAGCAGCUCUGUGGACUGACCAUCCUUGGGGCUCAACAAGUGGCACAGCUGAAAGCAUCUUCUUGACCUGACCUGGGUCAGCCUUUGUGAGUGUGCCGUCCUGUGAAGAGCUAUUUUCCUGCAUCCUUUUCUUGGUCAUAAUGUCCUCAUCUGUGGCAUUUAAGUCUAGCAGGGAAAAGAGGACCAAGAUAAAUGUGAGGGUAGGAAGAGAGGGAAGACGAGAAAGGGGAAAUUGAGACCUUUAAAUGCAGAAAAAAAUCAAUACCUUCACCAUAAACUGUAUGGCCGUUGUCUGCCUCCUCGUCGGGUGAAGCCACCGUGAGAACAGCAACCUCUAGUGACGGGCUGCAGUAUCAUAAAUCCUGCCUCCUCUAGCAAACUUAAUGGAGCGGUGGACAAACAUUUUCUGUACAGCUCCAUUUUUAAAAGUUAUUAGGGGUUAAUAUGUUCUAUGAUUGACACCUGAUACAGCCUAUAGGUGUAUGAAGAUUGCGUAGCUCACAACGCUCACAACGCUCACAACGCUGUUUGAGCGGAGCGUCAUCACAGCGACUUUCCCGCAGAAUGCGCACAAUGCUACCGCGCAAGUGAUAAAAAAAACUGCAGAGAAAGGACCAAAAACCUUAUCAGUUACAUAACAUGAGUAAAUGUAAUGAUUUACUUUCCACUCCUCGUCUUGCCUUUUCUUAAGCUUACUUAGUUUUAUAUAAAUACAGAAAUGGUAUCAUCACCAUGAGUUUUUCGCUGCAGUGAUGAUGCGGUGUAGAUAUGAAAUCAUGAUAGCCCAAUCAGCUCUAGUUAACGGCCUAAAUGACCCAUUUAAUUUCGUGUAGGUGGUGUUAAAAGCUUUUAUAAGGAGUUUUUUUUUUGUUGGUUAUGAAACAGACAGAAAUAAAAAGGUGGUAUUUCUCUAUGGUGUAAAAAUGCAAAUGAGUUUUACAAAUUUUGACCAUUUCUAUAUAAUAAUUUCUACUGCUUAUAUCUGCUGUGAGGGGCUAAGUACACUGAAGGAACAGCCUUUAUUAUCGUUACAUAUUCAUGGUGGGUGAUAAAUUUCACAGUGAAAAGCACAAGGAGGAGAUUUUAUGUCACUUGACAAUUUCAAGAGACAAAGUUGGCAAGGUACAAGAGUUAUUUUGGUCACGGGUCGCAAAACUCAAUACAGACAGUUACUUAUAGGAGCUCUGAAUUAAAAAGGGGUGUUACUGAGAAUAAUGAUCUGACUCUCACUCUCCCUGCAGGUUAUUCUUUCAUCCAGUGGCGGUUCUAGGCCAAAUUACUCCCCGGGCGAGCACCACCACCCCCACCCCCCCCACCCCACACACACACACACACACACACACACACACACAAACACAAAAAGAGAUAGAAUUUUGAACAGAUAGUUUUGUAUUACUAUGUAGUAUUAUUAUUAUUAUAACAAAUCCUGAGGGCCAUUUUGAGAAGGGCCCCCAGAUCCUGAGAUUUUCUGACGUGUUAAGGUUUACAAAACAGCUGCUAUCUCGGCCUCUGUAGUAGAUCGAAACAAAAUUCAAAAAGUAUUUGAGAGCUUAAACAUGUGGCUUUCAAGAAAGCUCUCUUUUAGUUUUGCGAACCUUCAUCACAUUUUUGAAAACCUUGAACAAACAAACUUAAAUGAAAUGAAGCGGCUGUAUAAAUAAAAGUAAAGGCUCUGCACUGGAGAAUGACAAAUAAUUUGCUUUCUGUUAAACAAGUGGCAGUCAUGAUAAAGUGUCCAUUCAAUACAAAUGUAAAUAUAGAAAAUAAGGUGUUGAAAGGGUAAACAGCUGCCCCAGUAUAGUGCCAGUACAAAAGCAGAACUAAACACUAAAAAAUGAAUAAAUAAGUACGUGGCUGACAGUGUGUUCAUCUCUGUUCUCACCCAAAGUCAUGCAACACUCAGAGAAAACGCUGAUAGUGUGAGCCAAAGCACUCCAUAUGAAGAGGUUGUUCACACUGCUGGAUGUUUCUCCUCUGAAGCUGCUCUCUGUCUCCGUCAUCGUUUACUUUACUCAUGAAGCUCAUCAAGCACGUAGCAAGAUUCGAGCAUGAACCCGAGCGCUUUAUUCGCCUAUCAAAGGCAGACGGGUACGGUGAUUUCACUCACCGCGACUCCAGAAAUGAUUAAAAAACUACAAAAUGACGUAUCCGCGCUCCCGCUGAUAUGCUGACAUGCGUACACAGAGCAGAGCUGUCCCCCCGCGACUCUCUCCCCGCCUCGUCUCAUACAGUCUGUCAGCCUCUGUGCAGCACCUUCGGAGCAAGCAGGGGCGCCUACAGCAGCGGGGUGGCGCCAAUUUGACAACAACAGUUAAUACAAAACCGCUUUGCGGUUAAGAUUUAUUAUUAUUAUCUUUUAUUUUAUUUUUUUGGAAGUGCUCGUGCCGCCCCCCAUGAGUCAUGACACAAAUGCCGCCCCGGGCGGCUGCCCUGUUCGCCCGUGCCUAGAACCGCUACUGCUUUCAUCCAACUCCUUAAACCGCCUUAAUAAAGGAGACAGAAAACUACCCUUUAAAUGUGGAACAGCCAUUAACUGGCACACAAACCAGCUUGAAAAUUAAUUAAGCUGUUGUUACACUGAAGCAUUUCCACCAAUGUGUAAAAACAACAUUUUUUGCCCACCGUGCCAAUUAUUUAACAUUUAUUUUUAGCUGCCUGAAAAUUGGACAGAUAAUAAACAACAGAAUGGCUUACUGGCUUCAAACCCAAAUACUGGGGGAUCUGCUCUUCUGUCUCCCGCUCUCUCACAAUUAUAAUCCACACACACACACACACAACACACACACACACACAGAGGCACUGAGGCUGGACCUCCCCAGCUGGCGUCCGGGGUGAUCAUCAGGGCAUUAAGGCUGUACCUUCUGUGAGGAGCAGAGCUUUCUGUCCCUGCGUACCGUCUGUUGACAGACAGCCUGACUUCAUGUCAGCCCUGAGAGCAUCCCGUAAAAUCAUUGGACUCUCUGGACUCACUGUGAACUCAGCAGACCAUUUUAUUGAAAAGCAGACUGACAGAUGAGCUAAGAGGCAUGAGAUCAGUUGAAAUGUUAAGUUGAGUAGCUGUUAAGUCAAAACAUAUCACUGUCUUUGGAUAAGAAACCUCCAAGAAUACUGUCCCACCAAGUAGCUGCUUCAUCCUUGUUUUGUUUCUCUCCUUCCAAGCCCUCAAAAAACGUGUUUUCUUGUCUCUUUUUAGCACCAACAAUCACAGCCGCAGCCAAUCCGCAUUAUUCCAUCCCAGUCGGCACAGCCCACCUCGUUGCCCAAGCCUGUGCCUUCCAUCCAGCACGCUCCCCGGCCUCCUCUGCCCCCACACACCCCCCAUGCUGCCAGCCUGCCAAGCUGUCCCGGACGGGGCAAGAUGGCCAAGUUCCUUAACCCCGAAGACAUGACAUCACGGGACUACUACUUUGACUCCUACGCCCACUUUGGUAUACAUGAGGUAUGUCCUAUGAGCUAUCCUUAUUCCUGUGUCUCUGAAGAUGCUCAUCCUGCUCACAUGUUAGAUUAUGAAAUGUAAAAAAGUGUGCAGUUUCAACGGGAUCAGUGUGCAAAUGUUCUCUACUGUAUAUGAAUCUUUUAGCUAUGUGGAUCAAUUUUUCACUUAAAGGUGGGGUAGGCAGGACUCUGUUUAAGAAGCAUCUUUUUUGUGUUGUACAAACAAAAAACCUUUUCAUAUUGGUUGUGAGGUGAACGCUGCUCCCUGGUGUCGAUCACGAGCCCAAACAAAGUUAGCGUGCGACAAUACCGGACAGUAGAAACCAACCAGAAAAUUAUCUGAAUUCUCCUUUAGCCGCGACUGCCAACACAAGCAAGAAAACGAAGUAAAUACCGGACACUCUGGCAGAAUAAUGAGCGCUUAAAAUGUAACUAGACCACCCGGACAAGAGCUAAGAAGCUGGGUCAACAUCAGCACAAACAAUGGGGGAGGCUGCAGGAUCUUACGGACCCUGUAACCUUUCUGCUGGACAGGUAAACCGCCAUAACAAAGUAAGCCAAGUGUCUGUAACAGAAGUGUUUCUUGUCAAACGGGACCUGCUGCGUGUCGUAGCUCUGCUAAACUGUUUACCUCGGGUCCUGGAGUAUGUCACUUUAUCCUAGUUGUAGAAGUCCUGCAAACAUUGUGUUUGCUGGUAGUCUGUUGGCAUCUACAGUAGCACCAAUGCUUUUUACUUUCAAGUUGACUUGGUAAUUAUCUGAAGUAUUUAUCUGCAUUAUAUCUGAAUUUAAUUGAAACAUAAAAACAAGCGUCUGUUUGUGGGCGGGGCUUUCUGGAGCAGAGAGGAGGAGCUGAGGGGAAAGCUGGUAGGGAGGGGUAGAGUUUACAUUCAAGAUUUCUCCCAAAAACUGGCACUUCCUCAGAUCCUGCCUACCCUACCUUUAAGUCAAUGGGACAAGCACAAAAAAGAGCAAUAAUUGAAGUUAAAGGAAUAUUUGUUGUAGGUGUGCUGCUUGUAUAUAAUAUCACAGUAGUUUUAAUAGUAUUAAUUAUUUGCAGAAGCACUUAUGGCCCUUUCAGCAUUUCUCAGAGGGAAUUUUCUAGCUCAUAGUUACUGUGUUCAGAACAGAUGUAGGGCCAUGGAUGAGCAGAUCUUUUCCAUUGUGAACUUUGAGAGAAAAAUGGAAAUGUCAGAAUAAAAUUGAUGUCUCAGAAGGAUGCUCACUGUUAGAGUAUGGUCUGUUGCUGAGCAGUUGUUUCUGAAUGUAAAUAAGUAAUUGCACUUGUGCAUCAUCCUUUGCAUUGUAAAACAGGAUGUUAACACUGUUGUUUUAAGAAAUGCAAACAGUUUUCCUUCAGUUUACGCACAGUUGGCUGUUUGUAGAGCAGACAGUCUGCAGUCACAACUGUGGCUCUCACUGACUCAGACUGGAUUUCUCUCACACAGACCCACAACAAAGCUCUUGGCCACGCAGACAGAGACUGUGAAUUAGCCCAGUUUGCUUUGUUCUCUGCAGACAUCGAUUUUGUAUUUAAUCUUGUUCCCUUCUCCUCUUUUCUCUUCGAAUAUGUCUAAUUAUUUAAAAACCCUCUCUUCUGUGUUUUCACAGCAAUUUGACUGUGAUCUUUUUCUCAAUGAGCCUUCCAGGUCUAUUAUCAUCCUCUUUAAGACUGCUAAAUCGAAGGUUGAUGAAAAAAUACUAAAACUCCUUAAUAACACCAUGGUUAAGGGGACUGAUGAGCCAAUCCCGUUGAUGAAUAGGGUUCUAAACCUUGAGUAGAGAAAGCUCUGCCUAAAGUUGAACUCAGUCCUGCUUCAGCGACGCCAUUACAGAUGAUCUGGGAUGAUAUUUCAGGAAUAUUACUCCAUCCCAGGCCACCCUGUACACAUGACUUAGCCACAUCAUUAGCCAUCUGACUGAAACUUCAAUAAGACACAUGAAGCACUCAUUUGUCACGCUUUUAUUUGGAUAAUUUUUCUGUACAGGCUUUUAUUUUGAAGUAAUGGUCGUUGCUGAUAGAGCUGAAGUUUGGUGCUGCAUGGAAAAAGGUAAAAGAAUGAUUAGAAAGUAUUAUAACCUAUAAAUGUCCACUUGGCUACAAACCCGAUGAGGUACAGGCUCAAAAAUUGUUCCUGGACUGAAUUCAUCUUUGAAUGUCAUUUUUUUUAGAAGUGCUGUAUCCUCUCAGAGGGAUGUGAGCUAGCAAGCUUGCUAACACCCGCUGCUAACACCUGCUAACCUACACUUAUUUUUAUGACCCACUAUAUCACAGGGCUGCCAAGUUUCAGAAAAUAACAAGAGUGAGACUUUAGCGCUAUGAUGUGUUCGCCACCGGUGGCGAAAAAGUUUUUGCCUUUUUUAAUGUCGAUUUAUACCUUAAAAUUGAUGUCCUCACCUCCAUGCCAGCUGGUCUCCCUAAUGCAACUCUUAAUUAACAAGGAAUUAGAAAAUAUAAAUUGUAAUAAGAAUUUUGACAAAAUACAUUUAUUUAUCAAUAUAUAUAUAUUUUUUGUUGUUUUUUGUUUUUUUUGUUUAUUUAGCACAGAUUAAAAACAGUGCAAGGAGGGAACGAAGCCGAUGGGCUUAUACAGAGUUCCACUCCCGUCAGGUCAGAGAAAACAUAAGGUGCAGACAACUAAGUACACAGACUGGAACACAGACAAAUCAGCAAACAGUGAUAAAGAAAAUAAAGUAUUUAUAAAAAGGAAAGAGAGAUGAUCAUAACAGAUAAUGAUGUAUUUAAGACAUGAUCAGAUGAGAUUUUAAUGAUAUUUUAAAGGAGUUAAAGGAUGAUAUUGAUUUUAGAGAUGCAUCAAGAUUAUUCCACAGUUUCGGACCUCUAAAAGUGAUGUUAGACUGAUGACUAGAAGUUCUACAUGAAGGUAACUGAAGAUGGCCAUUUUGUCGUGUUGAGUACGAAUGAAGGUCGGAUGAAAAGGUAAAAAGGUUUCGGAAAGUUUCAGGAAGGGCUUGUUUGUUGUUGAUGAAUUUGUGGACAUAUAAACAAGAGUGAAGGACAUUGAGUUUGUCAAUUGGUAAGAUGGAGUAUUUAGAAAAGAGAGGAGCCGAAGGUUCGUGUUUGCUGGAUCGUGAUAUCAUUCUUAUGAAUCUUUUCUGGAUUAUUAAUAUUUUCUUGAGGUAAGUUGGAUACGUUGCACACCAUACAAUGUUACAAUAGAUGUAUUGCACUACAUCGAGUGGGAUUGAUAUGUCGGCGCUGUUAUGUGUGAAAGAUAGUUAGCAGGGCUCUCAAGUCUCACGCAUUCAGCGUGUGACACACGCAUUCCCACCCGUUCACACGCUCACACACCACACAUUGAAUUUCUCACGCAUUUGAAUGAACAUGGUGAUGUCCACAAGUUGCACCUCUUUAACAAUGGAACAGGUAGAAAGUUCCUCUGAGAGUUCAGAAGCUGCGUGCCACGCGCAAGCCAAUCAAAUAAAGUAUAUCUACUGAACAGCCAAUCAAAAACCAGCAUUGCUGUAUCCGGGUAGAUUUGGAUAUCUUGCGGUUUGACUACAGAAGAAGACAGACACUCGCCGAAAUAGAGCAGGUUUUCACAAGGACGAGAAAGACCCGGUGAUUUCAGUAAGUCAGUAACCUACACAUGCAGAGACCUCAACACCUCAUGACAGAUAAACUCAUGUGAUAAACUAAAGCCCUAUGCUAUUGCUAUUAACAGCUGCAUUGACGAAUUUAGCCUCUGCACAGCCAUUUUCCCCUCCACAAAGGCAGCAUUUCUCAUAUAUUCUUUUUAAAGUUCUGAUACUCAUGACAGUGUAAUGCUGAUGUACCAUGGGAUUAAGUAUCUCCAUGUUUGUGGAACCUCUCACUCUAAGCUUAGUUCAAAACUUGAGAGCCCUGAGUUAGAGAUGCCAAGACCAAUCUUAUGUUACUUCUGAUUGGUUUAUAUUGCGUUGUGCCUUCCGUGGUUGGUUAGAUUUAGGCACAAAGGACUGAUGGAUUGGUUAUUUCAGUCAGUCAAUCAGAGUUACUCAAACUUCGGCAAGCCAAGUUAAUUAUCAUGAAAAAAAUAAAUACAGAGUAUUGAAUGGGGAAAAAUAAGUGUGAGAAAUGUAAAGUGUGGCAUGUGGUGUGAGAAUGGGUCAAAUUGCGUAACUGUCGCACUCAAAACAUGACACCAAAAAACACCAAAUUUUUCCCGUGAAGGUUUGGUUCAGAUAGAAAAAAGCAAAGAGAGUUUGUGAGGUUGUGUAUAUGUAACCUCCAAACUGCUCCCUCUUUUCAUAUAUUUUGGGAAUGUAGGGCAGGAUAUUUCAAACACUUGUGAAUAUUCUUCACCCUCACUCUGCGACAGGAGCUGAGAUUCAGACAGGAGAUGCAGAGGCUGAGCCUGCAGGUUCAGGGGCUUAUUCAGACACACCAACAGAGGAUUUGAAUGUAUAAGCGAAUGUCUGAGAGGUAAUAGAGUUAGAUUAGGUGAAGGGUUUUAUUUUGCACCGCUUCACUACAGGUAUCACAUCAAAUCUAGACCUCCAUUUCCCAGCCCAUGUUUUUAAAUUAAGAGAAAAAUUUUCUCUCUCCAGGUUUUAGCUGUGUCAACAUAUUCCUGAAAUUGUUUGUCCAUUUAAACCAGGAAAUGCUGAAGGACGAAGUGAGGACGCUCACCUACAGGAACUCCAUGUACCACAACAAGCACGUCUUUAAGGAUAAAAUAGUUCUGGAUGUGGGGAGCGGGACCGGGAUCCUGUCUAUGUUUGCAGCCAAAGCAGGAGCGAGGCACGUAUACGGGGUAAGACAUGACUCCUCUCAGCAGGGUGUUGUCACCAUCACUGCAAAGCUGAUGUUUGAUAUUUAAGUAGACCUGCUCUCUGCGCAUCUGCAUUUAAACUGUUUUCACCAGACUCUAGUUAGUCUUGGAGGGAUAUUUUGUCUGACAAGCAGGUGAUAAACGUGUACAGCCUUUCAAGCGGGUUGACAGGCUGAGUUGAAGAGAUAUGAGAGCUCUGUGUUGUUGUGCUGGUGCAGAAAUAAUCGCUUGUCAGGGCAUGUCAGCAAAUACACAUGACUAAGCAGGAUGACCACAAGAAACUUGUACAGUAGACACAGACAGUAUGUGUUCUAGUGGAGGGGUGAUUAACUUGGAAUUGCUUGGAGACUUGUUCUGAGCUACUGGUUGGUCAAGUCUCAUGUGUUCCUCCAUCUUCCUCUCUCACUCCACUUUUCUAUCCACCUGUUUUUUUACUUCAAACUGAAAUAUAACUUCAGUGUGCUACUCCUGUCCCGCAUGGUUUUAUCCCCAUAAAUACGACACUAAGAUUUUAAGGAUAUAGCUCACCUUGGCUUUAGAUGCUCUACAUUUAAGCCCUGUAGCAAAGCCCAACCUUCAUCGUCCCUAAGCUUUUAAAUGAAAGAUGGACUGGAAAAGGUGAGACACCGGCUGGCUGUGAGCCAACAACAACACCACUUUAUCAUGUGGACCUAGUUACUUAAAAAAGAAAAAUGAUAACCUCUUUUUGGAUCACAAAGCAGCUAUAAAACACUCAGCGGUGCCAAAUUCCAUAUGAACUGAAGCUGUUUCAUCAGGGACACGGGUUUAAUGAUAUACUACACUUCUUCUCCAUCAAGAGCUUAAACUGAAUUAAAAAUGUCAACUUAUUAAAACCAGAUUUUUGAGCUUGUAUUGACCCAAAUGCACUUUUUGUCUGAGAAAGUAGGCUUUUAUUAUGCCCAGGGUCUGUGCUUUUAAAUGUAAAUAUUCAUUCAUAACAGUGGGCAGAUUUUAUUGUCCAUAAAGCUUAUUUACUCUGCAAUGGCUAAAUCUAUCUGUCACACAACUACAGUGUCACAGGGAUGAAAGACAGGGAGACACAGUGAUUGUCCAGAAGUAAGUGACUCAUAAGUAGGCUGAGUUCUUCACCUGCUUAUACUUAUUUUAAGAUAGUAAACGCAGCACAAACACUAAAAAAAUGCCCCUGAACUGAUAAUGCUGAGAGAAGAUCUUACUGUGGUCCUCCAUACUGCAGCGACCAAAGAGAGAGUGACAAAAGAGUAUGUGGAUAAAUCAAAUAGAGAUAAAUCACAGUAUCAUAUGAAGUUAAUCAACAAGACACAUAAAACUGCAAAGUUCGCUGAUGAUUUGCCGGUAGCAUUGCUUUUUAAAUGAAACCAAUAUGUUACUUCCUGUUGAAACUCUCACCCACUAGCGUGCCUACAAAUUGAAUAUGAGAGACUUGGCAUAUUUCAUUUCCUUUCAAUGACACUCUUGCAUAAUCCCUCUGACACUACCUGCCUCUCAUCACAAGUAUCAUAAGAUUUGACUUUUUAAUAAUCAAUGAGAGUUUAUAAAGUCUUUAUUGUUCCUUUAUUCCUCUCUCUAUUAAAGUCCUUAGCACCACCUUGACUUCAAUGUGUGCCUGCCUGCAGUCCUGAUUAUCACCCACUGAGAACACAUGAGCAUCAUGAAGCAAACAACAAAGGAGACUCUGAACUGUUGAGCAGCUGAAAUCCUCUAUCAGGGAAGAGUGGGACAACAUUUGACUUCCUAACUCCAGAAACUGGUCCUGUAGGUUUCUAAAUGUUCACAUAGAAUUGUUGAAGAAGAGGUGAUGCAACACAAUGAUCAAUAGUUCCCAGUCCCAGCUUCUUUAAAAUGUGUUUCCAGCAUCAAAUUUAAAACAAGCAUACACCAUACUUUUAAUAAAAAAGAAAAGUAAAUGUCAACAGCUGGUCUGAUGUUUUUGCAGUAUUUUCUAAGUUGGUUUUGGAGAUUGAAGGUUUCUGCCUGUCGGGGACAAUAUUUACCCGUUUUUUUCUUUUUUCUUUUUCAUGUGUGAGUAGCAGUCAUAAACAUCGACAGGACUAAUAGACAUUUAAGAUCUGAGAAAUGCAGCUGUUUGAAGACAGGCCUCAAGAGGAAAGGGUUUUCUUGUACCACCUUAAACAAGCAGUAAAUGGGAAGAUAUACUUUACUAUGCUGCAUUCAGUUAGCUUCAGUCUCUGCUGCAGUGUGGCAGGAGUAUCUUUAUUUUACUUCAAUGGUAGAAAUGUUGAGGUGAUAACUUAUUAUUUGUGCUCUGUCCACUUGAACAGUCCCCCACAGCCCCUGAAACAAAAACCACAGGGAGUGGCUGCGGUCUACAGGCUCUUAAACUCGAAAUAUAUCCAUUUAUUCUACAGCUCUCCUUGGAGGAAAGUUACAAAUUUACUCUGUGAAGGUUUUCUCAGGUGGCUGAGACUGUCUGGACUCACUUUAUCCAAUAAAGUGGAGGAGUGCAGCCCAUUUAGUGGGCCUAUCAUCAGCCAGAACCAAGUGUGAAUGAGCUGUGAAUAUUCAGAUGUAAUUACCGGUCCCUGAUUUAUUACCUGGAGGCACAAAGUCAGAAAAACAAUGAGGUUAUUCCAGCAUCCGGAUUCUCUCUGCUCAUGACACUUGGGUUUAAAGUAAGUACAACAGCAUUUAUCAAAAGGUUUAUGUUAUCAGAGGGAGGUUUAGAUGUUUGGAUGAUCGAAACUCUAAUGGCAAUUGAUGGUGCUUUUAGAGAUGCUGCACAGUGUGUGAAUAAUAAAACAAAUACACAAAUAACAUGCAACCAACUGAUAUUCAAUAGCACGCUUUCGAAACGCUUAAUUAAGAAACUAGCAAUGCUGAAGACAGCUGGAACUACUUUGUUAUUGAUUUGAAAACAGGGGAGAAUUUAGACCUAAUUUUCUCCUUCACAUUAUCUGAAAAAGAUUAGGGUUUGGGAUCCUGUUUACUAGCGAUAUUUGAGACAGAUAUUAUAAUAAUAAUGAGAAGUAUCAAAAUAAUUCAAGAAUAUAAAAUAAGUUUGAGACCUCACAGAGACCCCACACAUGAUGACAAAUAAUGACAGAUUUAACAGUUUACUUCUUAAAGCGUGAAACGCGGUGUUAUGAGCGACACAGCACAGCACUUCACACUGAGAGACUUAUUCCAACGAACUGCAAUAAAACUGGACUCACACCACUACUUUUUUUCUGGUACUUAAAUUGUGUAUAUUGUAUAUAGUUUUAUUUUAUUUUAUUUUAUUUUUAUUUCUAUUUUUUAAAUUUUAAUUUUAUUUUAUUUUCUUCUCCCCUUUUUCCUUUUUCUAAAUUUUUCUUAAUUAUAACAUUUAUUUAAGUUCUUAAUAUUACCAUCUUUAUUUUUAUAACUGCAUUUUGCACUACCUUUGUCUGUGAUGCUGCUGCGGCAAAAAAAAUUCCCCCAUGGGGGAUCUAUUAAGGAAUAUUCUGUUCUAUUCUAUUCACCAACAACCAGAUUUCACACCCUCUAAACUAAAAAUCAAACUAAAUCUAUCGCAGUCAAACACGCAGCAAACGUACAGCAAACAUGGCAAUCAAUGGCGCAGUUGUCAAGCUAAAUGUUGCUAUCUGCCUAGCUAUCUGGUACGUGAAAGGAAUUAAUGUCCAGAUCUUGUCAGUUUGGUUGUUGUGUGUUUUAAAGGACAACUUAAUGCUGUUGACACAAAUUGACAUGUUGACCUUUUGUUUUUGACAACCAUUAAAGUUGAUUUCAUGGACUUACAUGCAUAGCAUCACCCUUUAGUUUCCAAAGCACAGUUUUAGAGCCUGUCCUAUCCAACCUGAUAAGAGAAGAAGGUUGAGUUUAGUUGGCCCUUAGCCUUGUUGCUAACAGUUAUGGUGUGCUUGCCUGUCAGUCAAGUCAAACAUACUUUUACUUCUAUUCAAGUCUGACUUUAAUGAUCUAAAAACUCCUUUUUUUAGCAGCCUGCAAACAUGCUGAUUUUUGCUGUGAAGAUGACUGUUUUGAACUGAAGUGUAUGUGACUUUAAAAUGUUUGCAGCCAGCCUCUUGUGGAUGGAACUCGGAGACUGCAGUUUUUAGCACUUCAUCAUUUGCUUCAUUUCUUGGGACCAAAGCUUGCUGAUUGGUUGUGCUUCCCUUUUCAAACAGCAUGCUGCCUGAUGGGCUAUAGUUUGUGUAAUGUACCAAUCACAUUAAACAAAUGCAUAAUCAACUGUUCUUAAAUUAUCUGAUCCUAGAUAAUGAACAUCUCAAAUUUUGGCAUCUUUAGUUAAUGCUCCACAAUCUUUUAUGGGCAGAGUGGGGGAAGUAAUGCUGCAUUCUAGUUGUACUAGGAAGUCGGAAUUUCUGAGCUCCGAGUGGGAAAUUUAUCUGGAAAGCCCUCCUGAAGUCAGAUUUCUGACUCGGAAAGUCAGACGAUCCUCACCAACCCGACUUGACACUGCGUCAAGAUCCAAGAUGGCAGCGCUGUGCAUCAACAGUAAAGAGUAACAGUGAAAGCUCUUAUAAUGUAUUAUCUAUUAGCACUUCUGUUUUGUUUUUGUGAGAUUAAAUAAGUGGUAUAUGUCAUUCUACCCAACGUUUAACUGUGAAUGUGUUGCUAUGGUGUUUUUAAGAGUAAAAUACUGUGUUAUGCGUUGUUUACAAUUGGUAUAGCUAACAAACUCCAAACAACAGUUCACAAUGGCCAACAACAGCUGACAACCGCAAACAAUAGGCAUCCAUCUUGGUUUUCCGACUUGUUAACUGGAACACCAUCAACUCGGGUGUAACGUCACUCCCAACUGUGACAUCCAACUUCCGAGGUAAAUGGAACGUAACAUGAAACUUUUCUAAACACACCAAGAAAAUCUGACAAGAAAAUCUUGAUAAAAAAUUAGGACUUUCCUAUUUUUUGGAGAAGGGAACAGGGCCAAAAAUCAGCUGUUGAAUCAUGUGGAGUGAGCUUAGUCUAGCGGGUAGUAAAAGAGACUCUCUGUAAGUCUGAGAACCACAUUGGACCUUUCUCUCAUCAAUCUUUCUGCCAGUGUUUCCCUCACUGAAAACAUUAUUAGCUGGCUAUUUAAAUCAAUGAUGUGGAGGUCAAAUGAGGCGACACAAGGCUUCUGUAAUAACAUUCUCUAAUGAGUGUUGCACCAUUCAUUAUUCUCCAACUUGUGGUUUGUAUAAACCUGAAAUUAGAAAGAAUAUAAUACAUAUUUUCUCCUUAUGUGGGUCAUGCAACCCUGUUUUCAAAUCUAUUAGGAUUCAAAUCUCCUGCAGUCUUGCCUCAAGCAGGUGAUCUGGCUGUUACUUGGUGGAUUUAGCUAAGUUUCUUACUGAUAGUUUGUUGCAAAAACUUUUUAACCUCUAGCAGUCACUUAAAGACUUUGGGGCAGCUUAAUAUUCUGCAGAAAUUCAACUUAAACCAAACUCUCACCAACAUGACAGUAUGCAAUAUUUCAUAGCACAAUUAUACGUGGGGCUCCUGGCUAGCUAGGUGGUGUAUGAUUGGCAGGUCACAGGGAAAAGUAAUACCUUGGCAAAUUUAGGAAGUUGUUGUUGCUGUGUCUCCAGAGAGAAGGCUGAAGGAAGCCCAGAGGGAGGACAGUGACAGUGACAGUGAGUCUUACUGGCACUAGCGAGAGGUGUUUGAGUCACCGUGCGCGGGCUUUAUGACUGUAAACAUGCUGCGAGGCAUCAGCACUCCCACUGACACUGAUGGACACAUGGCUAAUGCUGUCUCCUCUCUCAGAGAUCCAGAAAGAGACAAGAAAUCAUUGGUAAUUAGAAGCUGUCAUUGGCAGAGCUAUUAUCACACACCUACAGCACAGAAAUAAACACACACACACAUACACAAGCCUGCAAGUGCACACAUAUUCCUACACCUGGUGCAACGUGAGUCAUUAGGCGGAGGCAUUGGUGUUGUGUGUGAGCAGUCGACAGACAUGCAGGCAGAAGGCUGUGGGCGCCACCAGCAGCCUCCAAAGCAUCCUCCACUAAUAGGCAGCAGAGAAUAGGGCCGCUGCAGGGAGGCGAUGCUAUUAUCAAGUCUGUGCAUCACGUGUGCAUGUUGUAAACUGAAGCCAGAGAGAAAAGGAUAGAAUAUUAUGAAGGAUUAUGUUCAUGUUUGUACGAAAUUAAAUGAUAUGACAAUUUCAAUGUCUAAUUACAAAAAAAUCUGAGUGCUGUGUAAAAUGCUGCCUCCACAGCGGAUCAUUCAAAGUCUAUAAUUGAUUCAAAAUAGUGCCAAGUAUUGAAACUCAAAAGAUACUUGUCGAUUUGAUGCCAGAGACAUGCCGAAGAAGUUGGCGCAGGAAGAUGUUGUGGUUGAGCUGAGAGUAAUCACUGGCAUUUAGGUUUACUGUGUCCUCUUUGCACGGUUCGGUUUUAUCCGGCAUUUGUGAGGCAGUGAAAAACUGUGAUCAUGGACAUUAAUUUUGGGUGUGAUUUUGAGCCCACUUCCACUACAGAGUUAUGUUGAUUUUGUAUAAUAUCCAAACAAAAGUGUAAAUAUUUUUUGUUUUGUCAGACAUCCAUGCAAAAUAAUACAAUUAAUGGCAAUGAACAAUGGCAUGAACAGAAAUAUAGUUGGCUAAACAACUGGAAUGGUCUUCAAAAUAUUUGACAAUUGAUGUAUAAGUUAUUGUACGGUUACAGAAAACCAUCUUGCAAGAGUCGGCAGAAACAGCAUCACAUUUGAGGUAGCCACCACCAUCAUAAUAAGGUAGCCCCGUCAAUGGUCAAUGAAAUGGAAAAUAGCUUACAUUUAGCACCUAUUUUUAUUUACUUUUUGCAAGUUAAAUAUUAAUACUAUUACAGAUCAAAUAUAUUUACCCCAUAAUAUUAUCAAAAACUACUUACUUUAUAUAGUCUGUGGGCUCAAAUGUCUUGUGCAAUAGCCCUGCAGUAAGCAGUGUGCUGUGUGUAUGUGAUGGAGGAGUGUACUUGUAUUAAAUCUGGUUGUUUUUAGCCAUGAUUAUGCUACGAUAUAAUUUCCCCAGCGAUGUUUAAGUUCCUGAUGAGGGCCAACCUUUAAUUUAGUAAAUUUCAGAUUUAUUCCUGUUAAUUUCCGUUUAUUCCUGUUAAUUCCCAUAUAUUCCCGUUAAUGCCCAUGGAAAGUUUCCAACUUUAAAAAUUCCCAAAUUUUGCAACCCUAGUCACAACUAAGGGCUUCACCCCCCACCCCACCCCCACCCCCAAUUGUGCAGCACCCAGAGUUCAGUCAAGGCUCCUCUGCUUGAUUACGACCAGAUGGAUCUGACACUGAACACCUCUGAUGAACUUGCUGUGCACACUCAGGUGAAAAUCUAUACUCUCAGUCUACUUGAUGCAAUGAGAGGUUCAUAUUGACAAAUGCCUCCUGCUGAAUUAUGCUCUAAUUCUGUUUUGGAGCUGCUUACAAGAGCUGUCUGGAGUUAAUUGUGAUGAAUGGAGGAUCUUUGUUACGUUACAACUCUGUUAUUCCUGGAGCUGCAGUAAAUCAGCGGUUAGUUCUGCAUGGGUGUGCAGAAUGAGGUACAAAUAGUAGCUCAGGGUUUCCGAGAAAAGGUGUCAGACAAAAUGCACAAAGGAGCAUGUGACGGAGAUGUGUUACAGGAGGUGAGAAAUUGGACAAAGGAGAGAAGCAGUUGUGAACGGAUAAUUGAUAAGAAUUUAAAAUGUCAAGAGAGUAAUGAAACUAGAAGUUAAAGGUCUCAGUGGGACUUGGGGGGCUGGUCGCAGUUGAGCAGCGGCUAAUCAUUGGCUUAAUUACUGAAAAUAGGAGGCUCUGGGCUGGCUGUGUUUCAGGGCUUGCACAGAGGUUGGAUGCUCUGUGAUUUAUACUCCUUUAUAUUCUCCUCUUAUCCACUAUUUUCAGCUUCUUUAAAUGCUAGUUUAAUCCAAGGGUCAGAUGGUUAUCCCACCCAUGUUGGUAUUUGCAGGUAUGAGGCUCACAGGUCGCACACUGUACAUGGUUAAAAAAAGAAAAACCUUCUUCCUGUCUCCCACUCUAACACUGAAAAAAAAAAUCCCUUUAAAGUCAAAGCUUGUUUGCUAUUUCAUCUCAUCAUAUGUCUCUUACGCUGGCUGCAGCUGUCAGGUUGUGAAGUCCUCUCAUCCUCUGUAAAUAAUAAAUAAUUCAACCAUUUAUUAAAGACUCUUUCAUAUAUACUAACCAGGUGAAGGCCUGAGGUGAUUUUUUUUCUGAAGGACUGGAAUAUGACACGUCUUCAGAGAGAUGCAAGAUAAAGAUGACCUUACUUUUUUCUGCAGAGAGCUCCUUGUGGUGGCUGCUCUGUUUGACAAACAUUCAUGCUCACAGACUUCGCACAGAUUUGUAUCAGAGGACUGCCUUUGAAGGUCGAACAUGAGUCAAAGAUGUGCAGUUUUUUCUCAGUAAGCUUCUGGGAAUGGGAAACACGGUAGAGGUAUCUAAAAACUGAAUCAGUCUGCAGAAGUGACAGGGAAUAAGACUUGAGUGCUGAAUAAUGUCUUUGAAAUACAAGGACAGAUUUGGGAAUCAUGACAAGUUUUACUUCUUCAAUAAAUACAAACUAUAUUUAUGGAGCACUCUUCAGAGACUAAACUACAAAGUGCUUUACAAGAACAGAUGCACAAGAGAACAGAUUAGGAAAUAACAUGUUUUAAAAGACAUACAAUUCUCUUAAAGGAACUUUACCAGGAUAAAGUUCUUAUAAGAGAGUAAAAAAUAAAUUCAACUCUCUCUUUCUCAUUUUUUAAAAUAUGAAUGCUUUAAAGGUUUAAUAUGAACUGAAGUUAUCCAACAAAUCCAGAAUGAUGUCAGAAGUCAAGAUAUUACACACAAAAAAAGACCAGAUUAGCUUUUAAUGUGUUGAAAUUUAGUAACAAAUGAAAUAAGAAAAAUGCAUCUGUACAGUCAGAAAAUGUGAAAUUGGAGUUAUCAUAAGUCAUUUAUAUUUAUAUUAGUAUCAAUAACACACUACAUUAUUGCUACAGACAGAUGAUAAGUAAUGAUUACUUGUCCUGCCCAGGGUUUUCAGUGUACAUGUGAGUGUGUACAAUACCAACAGGUCUGCAAUAAAGCAGUGGGAAGGUAAAUUUAGGGCUGAUGAAGUAAACUGAAGUAAAUUAGUCCUUUAAACGGGGGGUAAACAAGCUAAAAAGGACUGAAAUGAUCUUGUCUGAUUCUUGUUUAAACCAUGGCUGCUGAUUUCACCACAGUCUGGAAAUGAUCAAGUGAUUUUUGAUUCAUUCAGAAAAAAAAGCUCCCACAAUUAUCAAGAUAUGAUGAGAUAAAAGUGUGCAAAAUCAUCAGUGCUGCCCCCUUUUCAAAUGUAUACCUUUGUGCAACCUAAAGAUCUGGAAUCAUAUCUGCGAAGCAGGAUACAAACAGCAACACCAAAACCAGCUUCAGCAAUGACCACAGGGAUUACUCAUGUAUCACUUUUAACAAUUUGAUAAGGACAUGCUGUAUGUACCAAUGCUGGUUGAGCCUGAUCAAUUGCAAUUAAAGAAAUAAAUAAUCCAUCUACUCCAAAAUGCACCAAGUUGACUUUUGCUCUGAUACAGAAGAACAGAUAUCUCAUGUUUUCUUUGCUGAUUUAGUUCAAGUCGACUUCAUCAGCCGAGGAUGUGUCCUUGCAUGUACAUGUCCUCCUCAAAGCUCCACAGUCCUUCAUGAACAGCAGCUGAGUUAUUUCUCUCUCUCUCUCUCUCUGUUUUUUUUCGGACAGAUUGAAUGCUCCAGUAUUGCAGAGUACUCAGAGAGGAUCAUCAAGUCCAACCACCUGGACAGCGGUAAGAGCUGCAGCUGUUGGUUCACUUUCCAUACUGAGGACACAGCACAGCUUCCAGGAUUUAAAGAAAAAAACAAAACACCCCCACGUGGCAACCAUUCAGAAAACUUUGGCUCUCUGUGAUGAGAGAUUCUGCUACAACACAUAACGAAGCAUCUUCUUCAAUACCUUCAGACAGAGAUAAACAGGAUGUGAUUUUGUCAUACAGCGUUAGGCUUUACAGAAACACAAGUAAAAACUGCAAACUUCACUUGCUCCUCCAGGACUUUGCACAAAUGGCAAUAACAGAGAUUACUGCUGUUUCUGACUAGCUGUGCAAUGUGAGCGUCUUAUUAAUGAAACGUUAUGAUAUGACACACAGCAAGCCUGAGCGUUAACUUUCCUGCAACAUUAAAGGCAAAGUAGGGAGUUUUAAACUGACGUGUCCUCAUGACCUACACCAGGGGUGGACAACCAUGUGCCAUGGAGGGCCGAGAGGCUGCAGGUUUUCUUUCCAGCCCAAAACUCCACCAGGUGAUUUCACUGAUUACCUUACCUCCAAGCAGAGAGCAGGGACUAAUCAGUGAAAUCGCCUGGUGGAGUUUUGGGCUGGAAAGAAAACCUGCAGCCUCUCGGCCCUCCAUGGCACAUGAUUGUCCACCCCUGACCUACACAGAGGAAUCAGAUUAUCAGCUACAUGACUGAUACCAUCUGUGCAGGCCUACUGAAUUUAAGCACCUGAGUUUGGAUGGAAUACACACAGUUGAUAGCUCUUGCACCCAGAAGCGCAGGUAACCAAAAGUUUAACUUUGUUAACCAUUUAACAAAGACUUUACUUUGACUACACGUACAGCAUAUACAUCACUAAGGCCAUUGUUAACAAUAAGACCACAAACUGACUGCUCACUCCAGCAGUAUAUUCUUUACUCUUGGCACACUCACAUUUAAUGCACACUCAUAUAUAUAUAUAUAUAUAUAUAUAAGCUCACCAUCUGCAAACUUUUAUGACCUUACUUAUUUUCACCUCAGGCUCAGCAGAUGUAUCUUGAUUCAAACAUGAGCAUGGAGUCAAAACACUUUCUCUUACCUUAAAGAUGACAUCUGGAAUCUCACAAACAGUACCUGAUAAAAUGUGUCUAUAGGAAUAUUUACAUAACCACAGAACAUAUCUACAGUAUUCUGACUCUGUUUUCUGAAAUCUAGCAUUUAUUCUAGAAAACACAGAUUUUGUCAUGGGAAUCAACUCAUCAGUGCACAUGAGCCUUAAAAAAACACUGAAGACUUCAUGAUUUUCCAGUCGUAUUGUUUCAUUCAAAAAGGUGUUAGAGCUGUAAAUCAAAGGCAAAGUACCCUGAUGGACUGAUCUUACACAUAUGUCACUGUAAAGGAUUUUCAGUAAACGUCUGUCCGCAAGGAAGGUCUAGUCCUGCGUCACCUGGGAUUUCCACCACAUCCAGAAUGGCUCCGAUCUGGAACAGCAGCGAUUUUCGCCGUACACCAAUUCCUACCGGGACCGUUUGUGAGGCAAAUUUUGUGGCGGAUUACGGACAGCAGGAGUCACCAGAACUCACAAGAACCCGGGAUUCACGCAAUAACAUGUUGUCCUGAGCCACAUAGGCUAACCAUAUAAGCAGUAGAUUCUGUCCUUCCAUAGGAGGAAAUCUACAUCUAGACUUAUAAAAUCAGCAUCACCUCAUUUAUGGUGUCAUUGGGGUGAGAUGAUGUCUAUAAACCUUUAACUCGUUUGUCCCCGCCCGUUUGCAUGGAGUGAAACACCAUCUGCCUGAACCAUGGAGUGUUUUAUUUUGAAAAGAAGCCAGAUGUUUGAUUUUGUGUCUGUGCCUGACUUCCUUUCCAGCCCGGGUUAAUCUGUGCUGAAUUUAUCCCGCAUGCUCCGGCAUCUAAAAAAAAAAAACUCUUGCGAUCAGCUGUGAAAUCUGGCUAAUCCGCCGGUGGAAAUUGACACAUAAACUUGAAUGGUUACGAUCAGCUACGAUCAGCGGAUACAGCCUUUUCGUAGCCGUUCUGGAUGCGGUGGAAAUUGGGGGUCAGUGUUUUUGAUUCUGUACUGCACAGAAGAAAAGAAAAAAACAAAUCACAUCCAGUUUAUGCAAUCUCACAGCAUAUAUAUGUGUUUAUUUUGAAUAUUUGAAUAAUAAUCAAAUUCCCAGACAGCACAUUGUCAGUAUGAUUGCUCCCAUCUUUACGCCCCUGAAUAUCAAGUCUGCACAUGUAAUAGAAAAGUGGGGUAACACGUCGUUCACUCAGAGUUUUACAAAGGGAAGGAGCAGGAAGCAAUCACCGUAUGCUGAAUUAAAGGUUCUCAUGUCACCCUGACUCUCACUUACAUCACCAGGAAACUCUGUGGAAACUUCCUGACAAUUCAGAACAACAGAGCCGAGGUCAGCUCAUCUCAGGCAGGUCAAAGGUCAAACCUGUAAAUCCUGCCAGGAUUAAAGUCUGUCCACAAGAAUGAAACGGCGGCUGAGCAAGAACAUCCACUAUCAUCAGACUGACUUUUCUUUUUCUUUCUUUCUUUCUUUCUUUUUGUUUUUUUUUUAAAUUUGUAUUUCUCAUUAUUUCAAUAUUUCAUUAUAUAUAUAUAUAUAUAUAUAUAUAUAUAUAUAUAUAUAUAUAUAUAUAUAUAUAUGUAUACACCUCUUUUUUUGACUUUUUUCCUUUUCCAAAUAUUUUAACUCUUGCUCUGUUUUUCUUUUUCUUUCUAGCAUUUUUCUUCUCUUUUUCGUUAUUUCAAACUUUCAUUUAUUUCGUUGUCACAUUAUUCUUUCAUUUUCUUUUCUGUCCCUGUACUUUUCUCUGUCCCUGUUUCAUUUUCUGUAUUUUUUUUGUCAUUUCAAAUUCUUGUCUCCCUCUCUCACUAUUUCCUCACGAUAUUCUUCCUUCCCAUUUUCUUUCUGUCUUCUUUUCCUCUAGUUCCAUUUAGUAACACUCCAAUGCUUCUUUCUCUCUUUUUCAGGAAAACAAACAUUUAUUCGUAGUAAUUGUCUUACAGUGGCGACAUCUCGUCUUGUUGGUCACUCAGAUUUGAGACAUUAUCGCCCCUGUUUACUGACAUCCAUCACUCUCUGAUAAGAAACUCUUUCUGCAUGUGAGUCCCUGACUAAAUUUGACUUUUGAAUGCUUGCUUUGUGUUGCAGUGAUCACCAUCUUUAAAGGGAAGGUGGAGGAGGUGGAGCUUCCUGUGGAGAAGGUUGAUAUCAUUAUUUCUGAAUGGAUGGGCUACUGUCUCUUCUACGAGUCAAUGCUCAACACUGUCAUCUUCGCCAGGGACAAGUGGCUGGUAUGGAUAUAUGUGGAAAGUGUGUAUAAAGCAAAUCAGUCACAAAAAUAUCCAGGAGGAGAAAAUAAUAAUUUCUGUAUUUAGUAUUCAAAGACUGGGCUGGAUUAUCACUUCAAUUUGGCGAUUUUCUCACUGUAUAGAAUUCACAUGUGUCACUGGUUCAUUAAUAAUGAGACUGGAAAAUUAGGAGGUGGAGACUCCCCCUGGUGACACUGGUUAUCUGUGAUGAGCAUGUAUAGUCAUAGAUAGGAAUAGUAGAUACAACAUGCCCCUUUGAGCUGCAUAUUUACAUGGCAGCCAUCUUGGUGGGGGCAUCGUUCCCAUUAAAGGCAAUUCAUGUACAAUGAAAAUAAAUCACAACUUGCUCAAUUCUUAAUUUUCAUGCGCUUUACUUUAUUAUCAAUGCUAAAACAUGCGCUAUCAUUACAGAGCAUGGAUUACUUUUUUUCUUCUUUUCCUGUGAAAAUGUUACCUGCUUACCUUUCCGUAGCUGGAGGGGUACACAUCGUAGUGAGGUAAGACUGGUCUUGUUUGAAAGAUGAGGAUGUCCUGAAAUGGGUGGAGUUGUGUGACGCCUUCUUCAGCUCCCUCUUUUCUGCCCAAGUCGCUCAUGCCUGCACGUGUGUACAAUGUGCACAAAGUGUUUCUGGUCUUAAAAUGAUUAAAAUACGGCCAUGAAAUAUUCAAUCACAGCAUUUUAGUCAUGCUAUAACCCCCUUGUAGCAAAAUCAGACAACAAUCUGUUGUUUCAUCUCAUCCUUGUGAAGCAAGUGGCUUGAGAUGAGAAAAGAGGCUCACGAAACACAUACGGGCAGCGGGCGCAAGUUGUGAAACAAAUCAUCUGUAUUUAUAGCCCAUGUUUUCACAUUGAAAAUAAAGUAAACCACAUGAAAAUCAGAAAUGAGCAACAUAUGAUUUAUUUUUCAUGUGCAACUAAUGCCUUUAAUGGGAACAUUGCCCCUGCCAAUAUGGCUGCCACUUAGGCACAUCGCUUAGUGGGCUGCUACAGUGCACUAGUCUAUCUGGUUUUCUAUAUAAAUAUAUAUAUAAGUAUAAUUAGUCCAACCUGUGCAGGACUACGAUCAUAUCAGCUAAUACUUGCAGAAGAAAGGCAUCAGCUUGAAACAUCCUUGUGUCCUUGUUAAAAGAUGCAUAUAAUUUAGAUUGUCUUCUUUGUUUUCCAUACUUCUAAAUACCUCUCUGUGUAUCUCAAUAACAAGUCUUCCUGUAACUUUGCUCAGCAGAAGGAAGCCUUAAAAAGCCUUAAUCAACAAAAAUAAGGACAUAAGAAAAGGGCCGUUCUGAGACUGAUUUCACGUUAAAUUAUUGAAAAACUCACACAAAACAAAAGAUGAAGUUGGCCUCAUGUUGGGAGUCUGCAAUUAAUGAUUUAACAAAACUACGAGAGCACAGAGAGAACAACAAGAUGCAUAAAAUCAUCAAAGUCACGGCAUUAAAGGCUCAUAAUUACCAUGAGACAUCUCAUAGCAGUCAAUACAUUUAAAGAGACAGAAGACUGAGGCUUUUGUCUCUUGUGUAGACUUCAGUGAAGUACAGGGUUGCAGAAAAGCUGAAAGUAUGGUUUGGAAAACAGAAAUAAUGAUUGUAUUAGAACAUCAGAAAAACAAUAUUUGAACAAAUUAUAUGAUCAGGCUUUUGAUUUCUUUGUUCCUCUCUGGCCAGUAUCAAUGAGAGGGCAUUUUUUUCUCUGUUUUUGUGUCACAGCUUUUAAGAGACUCUGUGAAGAAAAUCUUUCCUUGGCAAACAUGCUGGAAAACAGAAUUUGGACGUACCUCUAUUAAUAUCUGUCCCUUAUUUUUUGUCCUAUUGUAAUGGAAAAAUAAAAGUCAAGGUUUUAUAGUAACCUCAUGUAAAGCUCUCCUGUUCCAGUCUAUUCACAGAGCCAAUACUUAGACCUCUAUUAUCAGACCUGUUCCCAGCUGAGGGAUGAAAUGUCAGUGGCGCUGUAAUGUGGAUCUUUAAUAAUGUGUCCAGGAUUAAACUCUGAAUUAUUUCCCUGCCUUGUUUGUCAAACAGAAACCUGGAGGAUUAAUGUUUCCUGACCGAGCCUCUCUGUAUGUGGUGGCCAUAGAGGACAGGCAGUACAAGGACUUUAAAAUACACUGUAAGUUCACUGUGAGAGGCUGUGUGUGACUCUGGAUGUUCUGUGUCUUGUGUACUUUGCAUAGACCAAGACAGAUGAUGCGCAGAAAUACUGUAUGUCUUUACAUUGAGAAUGAACCUUGCAUGUAGAGCUCUGUCCACUCCUCUUCAUUCUGCUCACACUAGUGUGGGUGCACUCAAACCCAACCUUUCCAGUUCUCCAAAUGAUCUUGAGCUUCUCCACGGGCACAAUACCGGAGGCGAUAAUUGAUAUUAUGAGUCAACAGGCCUCAUCUCUCCAUCUCCAUCUCUGUUUCAUCCCACUCUGAAACCUGCCAGGAGGGCUGUGGGGGACGUUUGGAUGCUGGAUGCACAGCACCAGAGUCAGAGUUAGGCCAGUGCAUAACCCUGAUGGCAAAAAGGCAGGCAAACACAACAAUAGCUAACAAGCCUCCUACCCACACUCCUCCAUACAUCUGGGAAAUUAUCCAACCAAACUGCACUGGAGUUACAGGGCUCACUGCAUCAAAACACUGCAGUAAUACUGGGAUGGUAAAUGUAAUCUCCCAUUAGUCUGUAGUGGGCCACAUUGACCACAAACAUGUUCCCGUCCCAGCAGAUGGCCUGAGAUGACCUAAAGCCUUAGUUAGAGGCAGCCUCCUGUAGCCCUCCAGUGUUUCUGAGCAUAUUGUGGUCAUUAGUGCUUCUCUGGGCUGCAAGCUGCCUUUGUUAAGUGGGCAGCAAGAAAUGCAAAUACAGCGCAUUACACAGUCCCGGGGGUGUGUGACCUGCUCAUUAUCACUCACUCACUCUCAGACUCACUCGAGUAGUUCUCUCUUCUUUCAGGUCAUGAUAGAGAUGUUUGCUCACACACUUAUUUAAAGAGCCCAAUGAAUUAUGUAUGGAAGGAUUCAGCUAAAGCAGAGAGCGUAUCCGAACAAGAGAGGAGGCUGUGUUCAUGGACGACUGUGUUCACCAAUCAUCCAAAAUCACACAAGUCUUUUUCAUUUGUCAUGAUGGAAAUUGUUGCAGAAUGACACGAGGUCAGACUCUGAGUUAGCACACCAGGCUAUUCCUUGAAAAAUAUUUUAAAAAGAGUGCAGAACAUGAUGUCAGUGUUACAAAAUGUUACUGUUUUAACAAGGGUGGGAGAAUGUCUACGGCUUUGACAUGACCUGCAUUCGAAAUGUGGCCAUGAAGGAACCACUGGUGGACGUCGUGGACCCCAAACAGGUGGUGACCAACUCCUGCCUCAUCAAGGUAAGGGAAUAAGAAACAGAACAGAUGAACCGUGUAUGAUGCUGAUAUUUUGAAAAGAGUCUAUAUUUAUCAUGCUUUAAACUCCCACUCCAAUCUUUUUUUUUUUACUAUUUCAAGUGUAUUCAGUGGCCUUUAAAUUGUGAUUAUGAAGUUUUCAGUCAAAAAAGCAUUACCUGUGUCAUCUUCAAGGGCUUUUCUUCUGCAGAGCUCCAGUAGCUCUUUAGCAGUUCGCUUCUGGGUCAUGGGCGGAGACAGUGUUGCUCUGCACCCUCCUCUUUACGCUAGCUUGUAGCCUGACACUGCCGGUGCAGCAAAAGUAGCAGGUAACAUAGGAGCUACACAGCUCUUAAACACUGAUGUCUUUAGGGACAUGAUGGAAGUUAAUAUAAUAGUUAACUUUCUUAAGAGCAUUGCAAUCCGUGAAUGCACACACUUGUUCCGCAAUCAUCCUCUCUACUUCUCUGACUCUGGCCUGCAUAGCGGGGCUUGGGGGGCGGGGCUUGCAGCUGUGACGCAGGGAAUCUCAGUGUUUCUGAACCUGCCAUUUGAGUCUGCCAGAGAUUCACAGCGAUUUUAAUGCAGACAUACUCUAAAAUGCACAUGUGACAUGAGACAAAAGCUGAUGGGUUCUGUGAUUGGGUUUGACUGAUAGAAAAUCAAGUGUAUUCUGGGCACAGUCUAGAUGAGAUCAAUGUGUACGUCUAUGUCCUGGCCUGUGAUUGUUACUAACUGCUAAAAGUUGAUCAGACCGUCAGUCAUGUUAGACAAAGUUCAGAAGCUCCUUUUAUAACUUCAGACUCAUCAGGGUGUUUCUGGUCUUUCUGGAUCUCAAUGAUUUGAUUAGAUUUUCACCUAAAGUGGGAAUUGAGAGUUAGAGUUUUGAUUGAACUGUAGCAGCGCAGAGAAACGGUUCAGUGAGCAGCCUUUUACAGAUGCUCAUAUCUCCCAUUGUAUUUCUAAGUUAGUAAUGAAUUUUUACUGAACUCAGAGUGUCAGCUGAGAAUAAAAAAGAAGAAUGUAUGAAUCACCUUCAGAUUAUAAAUCUGUGCGCACAGUUUAAACUCUGCACGUGCUGAUUUACACUUUGUGUUCACAGUUUCAUAAACUGUGAACAGAUUUGUAAACUGUUGGCACGGUUUUCUUUACCCUAGGCUUUACUUCAGUGAGCAAGAAAUGGACCAUUUCUGCGGCAAAAAAAAAUCCACCAAGUUAGUCCAACUCACCUGGAACCUUUGGGGCGUUAUUGCAUUAUGUAUCAGUCUUUUCAUUCCUUUUGCUGCACAGCGUUAGAUCUAAAUCUACAACCUGCCGGAUCACGUUACAGUGGAUAUGCUCCAGGUGAGGUUAUGUUGAUGUCUUGCCACCUAGGAUACAAUAAGCAUAUUAAGCAUGCAAACACCAGUGCACCAAAUCAUGCCCUCUGUAAAAAGAGGACAGCAUCUUUGAUGGGAAAAAAAAUCAAUCAUAACAACAAACAGUAGUGAUGUAUCCCACUUAACUAAUUGUUAAGGUGCGUUAAAAAAUAAGAUCUUAUCAAAAUAAAAGUAAAAUACAUAAGAGAUACACAAUAUUGGAUUUUUGCAGAUAUCCGAUACGGUGAAAUUUAUAUGGGCUUAUACCGACACCAUGCCAAAAAUAUCAAGCAUUUUUAAAAAAUAGUAUUUUACGAUCAAUUUUUGAUUAAAGAAGAAGAAAAAAAAACUGGCUUCCUUUUGGUGAUAUUUUAUUGAUCAUUACAGUUUUCUGAUGCAGCUAAUAGAACUUGAAAAGGAAAACAAGCUUGUCAUUCAUUGUGCAAUAAUGUAGAGUAAUUACACAACACAGAGUCAACUCAUUAGCACUUACCUCCUGAACAACAUGCACAAUGGGGUGACUAUUAAAAACUGUAAUGAAGAUACGGAGGUAAUUAUCGCACAUGCAUUCGUUAUGAACACUCACUGACCUUAAUUUGUGAACAUAUUGUAUAACAUGCUAUAGCUAGGCCAAGUAUGACCUUGAAGUGUGUCUGUCUGUGUGAGGAUGAGACCAGUUGUGCCAUGCAUGUCAAUAGCAGCCUGUCUGGUCCUCCUGAUUGAGCUCCUUGUCAUCCUGACCUUACGGCCGCCAUUGAUUAGACUACUCCACUCUGUCUCACCUCUAUCCUGAAGCAAAAUUACCUUCCGAUCGGACCUUCACUUCACGUUGCUGAUUGUUCCACACCCACUUCUCUUUUGUCUCCCUCCUUGCAUUGCAGACUUUCAUUUUGAAAGCACUGAGACAUGAAACAAACAGAGAAAUCAGUCACGAGAGACUAAUAAAAGGAAAUCUGCAGGAAAGUGACGGGGAAGCUGGAUCUCGUGAAAUGAAAAAGGAGCAACAAUGAUACCCCACUGAUGAGUUUUAUUGACUUUAAAUAUAUCACAGGAUGACCUCAUUAGAGUCAAAUUGCCGUGGAGUGGCACACACGGGACCCCAUGUUAUUAAACUGCUACUUGCGAUAAUCAACUAUGAUCAUUAACCGCUUAAAUCCUGAAGUAAAUAAUCAGUUCAACAUUAAAAACUUAUAUAAUUCUGUCUUUAAAAUUCUCCUUUAGCAUUUAGAGGAUGUAUAGACAUUACACAGAGUUAUACUACUGUCUGAAACUUUCAAAUGUGACUUUGAGACCAGAGGAAGUAUCAAGUGUUUAUGGGAGGGAUUGUUUUCUUAACAGCAGGGGAAUCUGACGUUGAUAUCGGAUUGUUUUUAUUGCCAGCGAACAUACGGCUUAUUACUGCACUGCAAAUGUGGCAUCUGGCGCCAAAGCCAGCAAGCCAACAGUGAAUAUUUAUCAUCGCCAAAGGGUCAUGAAACAAGAUGAUCACGCCUCAGCCUCUGUGUUUACCCUGCGGUGUACUUUCAGGUGAGCUGCACCUCCCUCUGCUCCUCAGUUAUCACAGCUGACACAAGAUCUUGGCCUUGUGCCGUUCACACCGCAGUAAACUAGGAUGUGGAACAACGUGUUCUGCUCUGAACACGGUCUUGUGGGACAAAGUGGUAUCAGAUACCCUUUAAACUGACUGGAUCCAGGGGACGUUUACAGAUUUGGGUUUGCUUGCACGGAGCGUGAACAACACCUGGAGCCUGACAGCGCUCAGAGCUCCCAGAUGACUCUUGGCCCCAUCUCCCUGUCCUACUUACACAAAGGCUGUGGCCUCUGUCUCAGUGGUUAUCAGGAGUUUGGCAUGGCCCCGGUGCUGCCAAACCCGGACUCUUGACCCCUUUUUUUUCUGAAAGAAGUUUCACCCUUCAUCGUUUUUAUUGUGUAAUAUGAUAUGUUGAAUUUUUACAUAGACACUAAAUCAGGGGACAAAACUGACACAAAUCUCCACCAUCCAAAACACUUUAGGUUCUUAGAUUUAAAGAAAGACAGACAACAGAAAAUUUAGCAACAGAUAUGAAACAUAACAAGAAAGUUAGCUGGAAAAGGCUGACUUUUGAGAUAACCAAAGUCUUUUAGUUUGCACUGAAUUCAUUGAAAACACUCUCAUGUCUGAUAUUUCAGAGGCAAAUACACUCAGUUUAGUGCAAUAAUUGGAAACAGGCAGAAACUGCUCACUUGGUUCUUCUAAGCAGCUAAAUAGAGCUCCCAGACAAGCUCAUUAACAUGUUACAGCCUCAUCUAAUUUAUUUAAUCCACAACAUGUUGAUUUAAGUCUUUAAAUCCUUUUAAUCCAACAUAAUUCUUAUUUUCAGUUCAGUUUUAGUCAAUCUUACUCUGUUCAGUCAUGGUCCAGAGCUCCUGGCCUUGAGUGUAUUCCCAUAAAUACCGAUUUUAUAAGACCUGUGCCUUAUUAAUUCCUGUAUGGAUAAUAAGGAUUGAUUUAUUUGACCUGUGACUUGUUAUGACAGAGGUUUGUUAUUUUUGUCUCUUCCACAGGAGGUGGAUAUCUACACAGUGAAGGUGGAGGACCUCACUUUUACCUCAGCGUUUUGCCUGCAGAUCCAGAGAAACGACUACAUCCAUGCGCUGGUCACAUACUUCCACAUAGAGUUUACCAAGUGUCACAAGAAGACCGGUUUCUCCACCGGUAAGAUGCGUCUCACUCUUUUCUUCAUCUUACAUACAGAGCAACAGUGUGAGCUUGUUUGUGCUUCAAAGCAUAAGAGCUGCAGGAGGUGUGUCACACUGUAGUGAUGGUCAUGAUCAUCUGAUAUAAUUUGGUCUUCCUUCAUGCUUUGUAUGAAAUGUAGAAGUUAAACAGCACCCCCUAGGGGUCAGAUUGGGUACCUCUCUUCUCUGCUCUGGAUCUCAAUGGACCUCAGUUUAGAUCAGUGGUUCUCAAGUCCAGUCCUCGAGCCCCCCCUGUCUUGCAUGUUUUGGAUGUUUCCCUGCUCCAACACACCUGACUCAAAUGAUUAGCUCGUUAUCAAGCUCUGUAAUGGCUUGAUAACGAGCUAAUCAUUUGAAACAGGUGUGUUGGAGCAGGGAAACAUCCAAAACAUGCAGGACAGUGGGCCUCGAGGACUGGACUUGAGAACCACUGGUUUAGAUGGUGAAAUUAACCAAAGAGGAGCGCACACUCACAUAUAUGUUUAGGAUUGACUUAGUUUUGAAAGGGAGGUGGGGGGUGGGGGUAAAAUUUAAUUAAUUCAUUGAAUUUAAGGCCUUAAAAUAUCUUUUUCUUAGAAUCUCAUAAAAAUGACUUUACUUACAAAAAAAUAACCUGCCAUAAAAAUAAAGAUUGAUUUGUAGUGAAGUAAAAUAUUCUGACAUCCUUUCAUGUCUUUGUACUCUUUUGCCAUUAUGGAUGUAAAAUGGGUCUUAAAUUGUGUUCGUUACAGUCUUUAAAAAGUCUUCAUUUGACUUGGUAAAACCUGCAGAGACCCUGUUCUUAUUUUGAUCAGAGAUGGACCAAUUGAUUCGUUGAUCAAAACUAUCAGGCCAGUUUUUGAGAUCUUGAAAAAACUUGCUUUGCCAGGUUGACAUCUAUUAUUCAUGAAAACCUUUUUUAAUCAUCUUUUAUGACUUAAUUUUAAAUCUAAAACAGUGAAUGACAGGUGUUUGAUUUAAAUCAUGUUGUAAUACACAUAAUUAAAGCAGUUUCAGUUCCUCUAUCUGCCAUAAAUUACUCAAAAAGUGACUUUAAAAAUAAACUUUAAAAUCCUUUUUUAAAAAUCUUGGAUGUGGUGUUUGAUGGAAUGCAAAAACAACAUUGUGAUGUUGGUAUUAUGCAUCAGCCGUUGACUGGCCUUCUCUUUUAACACAGACCUUUGAUUUGAUUUUGAACAUGUGUCCUGCCUCCAACAAGGAAAAUAGCUCCUCAAUAUUCUGAGGUGGCUCCUGGUGGACUUUAAGAGGGCCAUUGUACCCUUGACCUCCCUUUUAAACAUGCCUCUGGGUUGGCUAUGAUAUCACAAAUGUAAUUAGUCUGAAAUCCACUUGGAAAGUUGAUCAUUUUAAAGCAUGUAACAAACAAAUACUUCAUUAUUCACAACAAUGAAGUGGAAUUUUUCCAUUUAAAUUAAGACUAAAUAAAACAUCUGAAUGCUUUAAAUGAUUUUAAAUGUCAGGAGCAUCAGUGAGGGGGAGUUGAGAAAAAGAGGGUUGCGCUGGUAGCUGGUCAAAAGUAGUAUGUGAUUGACCUCUGGUGGUUGUGACAAGUAUUGCGAGUUUAACCAACAAGGAAGCAAUUUUUAUGGUUGAGGGUUGGUGUGGAGAAAGGGUCUGUUGGCCCUGUGGAACUCAUAAUUACAUUUAAUCCAUGCAGUCUUAAUUAAUAUUUAUUAUUGUAUCUGCAGUAGCUUGAACUUGUACCAUAUCCUUUUACUCUCCGGUCCAAUUCUUUGCGUUUGUGAUACAGAGACUCAUGGUCUGCAUAACCUUGAAGAAACAGAUCUCUUGACAAAAAAACCUACAGCCAAAUCAACAAAAGUCAAGAUUAAUACAAUUACAAUUCAUGCUCCAUGCACAAAAUGCCAUCAACCGUAUUAGCAUGAGAAACACAGCUAUAGCGCCUCUGAAUUCAACUGCACCCAAAAUAGAGAGCCAGGCCUCUGAAGCAGCAGCCACUUUUAUGAAUGGACUUACAAAGGGCUGGUAUGUGGGGGCAGAGCUGCUCCAGGACAGCUGGCAGAAACUCACUUAAGCCCUGCAGGCCUUUUGAAUGUCAGGCCAAGCAAUCUGCAGUUUUCAAGGCAGUGGGUGCUCACAUUUGUUUUGGGCCUUUGCCGUUUCCAUCUGCACACACGAGAGCACAGACAUGCACGCACACAUGGGUGCACCAAGGUUUGCUCUAAAGAUACAAGGCAUGAUGGUGAUGAAAGAGCAGCAGGAGAGGUCAAGAGUGAAGCUGUUCAUUUCCUGUCUUUUUAUUGAGCAGUUUUUAUCCUGAGCUCAAGUGGAGCGACCUGCUCUUCUUGCACCAUCAGCUCUCCAUCACUGCUCUGUCUCUGAGCAGUUUGCGUUUAUUUUCAUCCACAUCAGGAGCGCACAGAAGGCCAUUUAUCUCCGUUAGCCCUAUAAAGGACUGGCACUUGAGCCUGUGUGUCUCUAUGCAUUCUGCACGCUGUUUGCAAACAAGAGAAGUUCAAUGUUACUGAAGAAGGUUAACUGGGUAGAAAAAUGAUGGCUGUAUCACUGACAGGGAGAAGACAUAUCUACUGUUUCCCCCUGUGACACAUCUUCCUGUGGUGUUGGUCGAAAAUGGCUUUUGUUAAACGUCUUUUUGUUAUCAGUGUUAUCCGUUAUCAGCGCUGCAAUCUUGAUUUUAAAGGGAUAUUCUGGCGUAGAAUUAAGUUAGGGUCAAACACACUGUAACGCCGAGUUAGACACCCCGAUGAGAGGUGAAUGUUGCCGACUGCUUGCUUCUCUAGUUAUGACCGCAGUAAUGACCGCAGAUAGCAAUACAGAGAGCCACGCGCUCAACCAAAACGCCUCUCUAUAGCCACAAAUAAUGCUCAGAACAGCACCUAACUUCAUCAACAGUACAUAUUGGGUCUCAGCCAUAGCACUAGCCACCAAACAUCCUUUUAACUUUGCCUAAUUUCUUUAGCAAAGAUACUUAACACAACUCACCCACUCUCCUCCAGCAGCCACUUGUUUGUAGGGAGACCUUAGACGAGUCACUCACCGAUUGCGACUGCAGCGGGGUGACACAGCUCAAGGAAGAACAUUUAUGAUCAUUUCCUCAUGGAGAUGCAAUCAGACAGACGCUAAGGCAGAAGAACUACCGCGUCUGCAGUGCAAAAUGAUUAAUAUGAUGAUGAUUACUUCAAGGAAAGUAAUGAUCAUAAAUGUUCAUAAAUGUUCAUAAAUCAUAAACGCCGGAAUAUCCCUUUAAUAUUCAGUUCUGUACAUGUGUCACACAGUAAGGUGCUGUUUGUUGUAGCGAUUAGCUUCAUUUGAACUCUGGAUUGCAAAACAAAGCUUUUUAUUUCCAUGUAUAUCAAUGUAAAGAGGGGUUAUUAUAGUCACAUAUCCAAUGUAGGCUGGCAAUGCCUGAAACUUUUUUGGGGGCUGCUGGCUCUUCUGUUGUUGUGGGAAUGGAGCUUGGCAUUCAGUGCUCCCUUAGGUGAACAGAAAGAUGGGCGGAGUUGGCAGCAUACCGAACCUCACCACUCUGCAACCAGCCACUGAUUUAGUAAUAAUAAAAGUCUUUGUACAAGUUGUAAAAGUUCACUGAAAUCUGCAUUGAUUUUCAGUUGUACUGCUUUGUUAAAAGUCUAUAAGGGUUGAUUUUCAGCUUGUGUUUUUGUGUGUCUUUGUGUGUUUUAGCACCAGAUGCUCCGUACACCCACUGGAAGCAGACAGUGUUUUAUCUGGAGGACUAUUUGACGGUGCGGAGAGGAGAGGAAAUUACAGGCAGCAUCGCCAUGAAGCCCAAUGAGAAAAACACUGUGAGUGAUGUGGAGCACUGUGCAUGGGUACAGUCUUGUAAAGAAAGUCUAGUUUAUUGAAAAUACACUGUUGUUAUGCAGUAUCUGUAUACCUACUCUAUAUAAAAACAUGUCAGAGUGUGUUUGGAUCCAGAUAUUGUAUAUAUCUGAGCCGUAAAAUGAGUCAUUUCUGGCUCUGGCAGCAUGCAGCAGAUUGUUUUCUCCUCGGUGUUGGAUGACGGUCAAACAUGCAGCCGCACUGCAGACAAACAACAACAGAUUCUAUUGUUGACCUUGUGAGCAUCCUCUCCUCCCCCUCUGAGCCCGAGAGGCGAGACCCACUUCCUCCUGUUGUCUCACACAAACAAUCUGUGGUUAUUCAACACUGUCAGGUCCAAAUGAAAGAUCCCAAAGUCCCCUUUUGUCUGAAAUUUCAUCCUCCAGAAGGCACAAAUAACCUUUAGCUCAUUUAGCCACACUUUUGACAUAACAUAUACUUACAGGUCAAUUACCUAAACUUUAACAAUCAUAUUUAAUUUCUAUAAACUAGAAAAGGGAAGAUAUGAGUGUAACAUUUAAACUUAUGUACAGUUUGUUAUCUUUUUAUAGUUAGAGGUAAAACGUAUGCUUUUUUUUCUCAUUAAAUGGGAUAUAGACACGUUUGGCAAGAUUUCUUACAAAUAGACAAUUUUGUACGUUUUUCACCACAUAUUCCUUUAUGAUUUAUCACACUCAAAACCAUCAUAUAUAACAUAAAAUAAUAUAUAAUGUAAUAUAUUUAUAUAAUUUACCUAUGUCAUCAAUGAUUUUGGAGAUGUUUUGAAUUAUGUUUAAUCCUGGGCAGAUCACCACAUCCCAAAGCAAUCAUGCAGAUUCGUUCAAACAACACCUCCAAUACGCAAAUUACCUCUUGAAAGCAACAGACUAUCUUCACAACGUCUCUUCUUCACAACAGUCUGGAUACAGAUACAUCUGCACAUUUAUUUACACAGCAGAUGAUUGAAUGACAGCAAAGGUGCUCAUUCAAUCUCACAAAGUGAGAAAAAACACAGAAACUACAGAGUUCCCUUUCAGCCGGAUUUAGCAAAACUUGCAGCUAUGGCCUUAAAACUCGUUUUCCUCACGUCUUUACACGCCUCACUACCUUUAACACUCCAAAAAUAAGGGUGAAUGAUCUCAUUUCCAAUGAAAUGAGAUUGGAUUUUUCAGCUGUUGUUAGGCUCAGUUUAACAGCAGACACAAACACAUGAAUCUCAGUUUGGAGAUUGUUAUGACUCAGUUUAGCAAAAGCACUUUAUAUCUUCACAAAAGUGGCUCUCCUUUUACUGAGAUAAUACAUUUUAGGUCAUCUGUUAUUGUGUAUUUAAAGGGAUAUUCCGGCGUAAAAUUAAUUUUGGGUCAAACACACCGUAACACAGAGUUAGACAUCCCAUCGAGAGAUUAAAGUUCCCGACUGCUUGCUUCUCCAGUUACACCAACUUUAGUAACGACCGCAGAUAGCAAUACAGAGAGCCAUGUGCUCAACCAAAAAGCCACUCUAGGAGCCUAUCCCAGCAUCUUCGGGCGAAGGCAGGGGACACCCUGGACAAGUCGCCAGUUCAUGGCAGGGCUGACAUAUAGAGACAAAAACCAUUCACGCUCACAGUCACACCUAUGGGCAAUUUGGAAGUGGCCAAUUAACCUAACCCCACUUAAGCAUGUUUUUAGGAUGUGGGAGGAAACUGGAGUACCCCGGAGUAAACCCACACAGAGAGCACGCGACAGUGCGAACCACUACACCACUGUGCUGCCCCUGAUAAAUGUAUGGAUGCCAUAUAAAUAUGAUCAAAGCUAGACCUAUCUGACUGCCUUCAGUCUCAUUUGCAUGUGUUAGCCUAAUCAUUUAUGUGCUCAUCUUUCUUAAAAAAAAAGAAAGAAAGAAAGAAAGAACACUAGCUAAGAGCUGAUGUCCCACUGCCUCUUUUUUCCACGUCCUUUCUCUUCUGUUUUGAAACCAUAGUUUUACUUUCUUUAGGGGGCCAUGGUGCUGCAGAAUCGCUCAUUUUUAGUCCACAGUCAGGAUGACACAGUCUACUCCCAGUAGAGGAGAGGGGGGCUAACUCCAGUUAGCACUGAAGUUCUUCCCUCCCUCCUCUGGUCCCCCGAGUCCUUCUCUGUAAAGUCCACAUCAUAACGAUGUCCUCUUGUGUCCACAGUGAACAGCAUGAAUCACCCAUUUUUCACUUUGGUUGUAUUUCUGUCUCUUUUGAAGCCAUCAGACCCAACAGAUGAUCAGUGUGCUGCAGGCUAAAAAAAAUAUGUGUGUACCGCGUCCAAACAUUGUUACAGCCAAAUGGUUUUCUAGCUGCAAAGCAAACUCUGAAAAAUCUCUAAAUGUAGCUCAACCAAGGACAGACAUUGGUAUUCAGGUUUAUAUGAAAUGAAUCAGGGAGUGAAGUUUCUGCAGCAUCCCCUUUUGUCAAACAACUCCACUUUAAAAAACAAACUUCCCCCUCAACACCAUCUUUGUUUUAUCCCUCUCUUUACCUGCAGCGAGACUUGGACUUCACUUUCGAGCUGGAUUUCAAAGGCCAGCUGUGUGAAGCGGCCAUAUCACAUGACUACAAGAUGCGUUAAGUGCGACAGAGGGACCUCGACGACCUGCAGAGUGUGAGCUGCUGAGCACCAGAGGGAGAUGCUCCCAUGACUGCAGAAAGACACUCUGGGUGAUGAAGAUGAGAGGGCCAGAAGUGAAGCGGAGGAGGUCCGCUGACAGCAUCACUACAGUCGCCUCAGUGCAUGACGAAGGCAGGAAGUUACUGAAAACUGACUGUUAAAACGAUUCUGAAUGUAACACUGACAUAAAAAAAAAAAAAAAGACGGGGAGUAUUUUUGAUCUUGAUGAAUGUUAUUGAUUAUUGAUGUGUGUUAAUGUGAGAUGGAGUGAUGUACCUGUGUGUUUAGUUCAGUAUUUGUUUUCUGCAAUAACUCGGACCUUGUGGAAGGAAAGUUUCAAAGAACGGUGAGGCUCCCUUAGUUCAUACUGUGUUGUCUUUAUUCUGCUAAAAGUGGACAAAACUUAAGAGCUGUAAUUUUUAUGUUUUAUUAUGUAUUGUAGGGAAUGAGUAACAGAGAACAUUUUCAUUUCUAGUUGUUUAAAUUGAGUAACGGUGGAAAACUAACAGCCAAGGACAAACCUGUGUCGGUACGUGUCUGUGCGUGACGUGAAAGGUGACGUGUUUGCGUUGUCAGUGUAUCGUAACUUCCUGUGAGUGUGUAGUUAUGGUGUCAAAGCUCACACCGUUGCACAGCUUGGACUCCACAUGUGCCCUGUGAUGUUGACAUGCCAAUGACAUCCCGUCCCCGUCCCGGUUCCCUCUCCUCGUUCCCAAUGCCUUGACCAAGUGCCGAAGUGUACCUACUGCUUUUCUUCAUUGCUGCAUUUAGCUUUUUUCAAUUGUUCCACAUAUACACAAACACACUUAGAGUCACUUAAAGGAGGCUCGAGUCCAUUAUUUUGAGUCUAGAUCCAGACACUUCAGGUGAAGCAGUUCCAGUUGCACAUGUCUUUAUCGCUUUCUGCAGCUGUAUACACUGUCACAUAGAAAAAGGGAAAGGUUUUUUUAGUGGCAGCAGGAAUCACAGAGUGUAUUAAAACUGUCAUCUCUAUACUUCACCUGUGCUCUUACUGAGGUCAUUGCCAAGGAACACAGAGAAGAGUUUUCUUCAGGAGGUGAAAUCUGGCAAAAGUUAUCUUACAUAUACUAUGAAAAAAAACUGUAAAAUGUGGAGCAAAACAGCAUUUGAUGAGUUGGUAAAUUAUUCAAAGCUUUUAUUUCAGUUCAAUCAGACAAGACAACAAAUCAGAUGUUAAACUUGGAUAAUUUUAUUGUUUUAAAUUUGAUGCCAGUAACAAGUUUCAAAGAAGCUGGGACAGGGGCAUGUUUACCUUUAUAUUUAAUAAUGUCUUCAUUGAACAAAUCUGUAAACAGCAGACUAGUUUCUGGGGAAAAAUGAAAAGUUGUCCCAUUCUUGCCAAAAGAGGUUUUCAUCUGCUCAACAGUUCAGGGUCUCUUAUGUCCUAUUUUUGAUUUUUUGAUGCUCCAAAUGUUUUCAAUAAGGGGCAAGUCAGGACUUGAGUCAGACCAGUUUCUUAGCAGGACUCUUCUACUACAGAGCCAUGCUGUUGUAAUCCCUGUUGUCAGAAUUUGGUUUGUCAUUGUCUUGCAGAAAUAUGAAGGUCUUCUUUGAAAAAGUCUUUGUCUCGAUGUCAGAUGUUUCUCCUAAAACUGUAGAUAUUGUUCAGCAUUAAUGGAGCCUUCACAGAUGUGGGAGAUACCCAUGACAUGGACUCUGAUAAUCCCCACACCAUAAGGGAUGCUGGAUUUGAACUGGAAGCUGAGAUCAAGCAUUGCAACCCCUUUCCUCUUUCGAACAGAGGAUGUGGUGUCCGUGAUUUCCAAAAGGGAUGUCAAAUUUCGAUUUAGGCCCACAGAUCAGGGCCAUCCAGUGUUUCCUUUCAGCCUUGACCUUUUUGUACAUUUCCUCCAGAUCCCCUGAACUGUGUGAUCUUACUGUAGAUGAUGAGAUCCACCAAUUCUUUGCAGUUUGACACCAAACACACAUAGUUUUAAAACUGUUGAACUAUUAGCUCACACAGUCUCUCACAGAGUGGUGAACUCCUUCCUAUCUCUUCUCCUGACAGACUCAGCCUCUCUGAAUAUCCGGUCCUGUUACUAACCUCUUGAAAAGUAACUAAUUUUGUCUUGAGAUGUUUCUCCACACAACUCUCACUGUGUUUCAGCGUCCCCUGUCCCGACUAUUUGGAAACAAGGUUUUUCCCCAGUCCUCUUAAUCAUAGGCUAUAAUAACUUUCUCUUAUGCACUGGCCAAAUAGCCAAGAUCCAGUCUGAUAAAACCAUUUAUGUUGUGCAGAGGCUGUAAUAGAUAUUUUCUAGGCUGUGACUGACAUGUACAGCACAAACACUUGGGAAACCAGAUCAUUUAUAAAGCAUGCAGCUAAAGCUCGUAACAAUCAACCAAACGUUUAUCGGAGAGCUCACAGAUGCUCUGAUCCUGUGGAUUUUUCUCUACAACUGCAGGUACGAACAAGCAAUAUAGUGUUAGAGAUCAAUAAUACUUCAAAUCAGUUCUACACAAUAAGCCUGAUUAUCUAAUAAGAUCAAUAGUUUUCUUAUAAUUCUUGAUAAAGAAAUACGGUCAAUAUUGCAGCUUAAAGGAACAUGGCUCUGAUGAAAUUGUGGCUGCUCUGUUCAACAUAAGCCAAAUUUUUCAUAUAGUUUGUAAAUCUUAAAACUUGAUUAAUUGGCAUGUUAGUUCCUCAUGUAUUCUUAAAAAAGUGUAUCGAAAAAGUUUCACAUAUUGUCAUGUCAACUUCAAAACUGAAUAAACAGCUAUGUCCAAACUCAUCCGGCGGUUUUGUAAAUUAUUUCUUUGAAUUUAAGUGUGCCAGGG